CUACAUCGUUGGUAGAGUGCACGCAUUUCCCAUGCGCCAUGGAGAACCCGGACGACGAGAAGCAACAAUUGCCAUCGCCAGCAAGCGGUGACCUUCCGGAAGGUUUAGUAUUGGUGAGCAGUGACAGUGAUGACCCAGACGAGGAUGAGGAUCACGAGGAGGGCGAAAUACAGGACAAAGAUGAUGAGGACGAACAGCAGCCACAAGAGCUGGAGGACAUCAGCUCGGAAGAAGAAUCGACCAUUCGUGAGCGAAUGGCGGCUCUGGAAGCGAUGGACAAGAAGGUUGGCAUGAUGAAGCGAAAAUUUGCGAACCACAGCAAAUACGACUACCUGGACGUCGAGGAAGUCAUGAACGGGAAGGAAAAUUAUUGUUAUUACUACCCGCAACAUCAGAAUCCGUUGUAUCGAAGCUACAAGCCGUACAAACCUACUACCACGAACAAAGAAGACAAUCGAUACAGCGUGGCUAAAUACACGCGAACUGUUGCAACGAAACGUCCCGCUGAUAAGGUAAAGGAAAAGAGCUCGAAACGGUCCUCGCACCGUAGACACAAGCGUCGACGAUAUGCUUCCAGGUCUCCUACACCUUCAGAACGACGUGCCCUAUCGACCGAUUCCGAACCGGAAGCGCUGGUCGAUCGGGAGUAUCUGAAAAUUGCUUGCGGCGUUGGUAAUGGGAAGAAUCAACGACUGUCCAGCAGCAAGAAUCCACUGAAAAAGAAACUUCUUUUGCAAACAACAAAAUGGAAAAGAAAAGCUGAGGUUAAACGAAAAAAAGCUAUAGCGGAAGUGUUGCAAAGUCCUUCUAGCAAUUCUGACGACGAUGCAGUCGUGGUAGACGAUGAUGAAGAAGACGAAGAAGCAGAGGAAGAGUUGCAACUUCGUUUGCUGGCCCUCAGUACAAAACCGAUCGUGCGAGAAGCGGGACUCAGUGAAAUUAUUUCAGAAUUUCAGAUACCUUCGCCUCCUCCACCGCCAACAAUAAACCAAGCGGAGCAUAACUUGUCCGAUGCGGUGUCAGCGGAAGAACAUGAGCUGCGCAUUAUCGCGCUGAAAACGGCCGUAUUGAAGAAGCAUGAAUCGAGGAAAAAGCGCAGAGAGUUGGACAAUGAGCAACCGUACUCCCCGAGCGAUGAUAUUGUUCUUUCACCUGUUCGGGAGAUAGCUCCACCGUAUGAUAAUGAAUUGUAUAGCGAAGGCCGAGAUUCGGUGGAAAUGAUCGAAGAUGAUCAGGAUGAUGUGCUGAUAGUGGAACCACACUACGAACAAAUUGAUCUUGUCGAUUCAGACGAUAAUGGGAACGAUAUGGAGAUCAGCCCGCUUGGUAGUCCGAUCGGCAGGGUUGACGAAACCGUGCAGGAUAUGGAGGAACAUGCACAGCAACCCAUCGAUAUGGAGCUGGCAAGCAGCGAUAGUAUUAGCAGUGCUCCGUCUCCUGUAUACAGUGCAACUGGGACGGAACACAGACUGUUACUCGGGGGAACAGAUUCAUGCGAUUCCGCGCUGUUCCAUCGGAGAGGUGAAAUGUUACAGGAAAGUCCUUCCGCUACUCCUGACUCAAUGGAGGAGGCAGAAGCGGAAGCUCUAAGACAUUUGCUACUGACUAAGAUGCGUCAGAAGCAAACCAAGAAGAAGGAAGAGGCUAAACCAGCUCAGGUUAUAUUACCAUUGAAUGAUGAACAUAUUUCAUGCCAAGAGCAUGAAGAGUUCGAUACUGCCCCGAAAGACAACGUUCCUGUAGUUAGUUUCCAAGAUGAUAAACAGUUAUCAGCAUGCGAAGAUGAACCUGAUCGAGAACCGGCUUCCUUAUCCCCGAAGAUAAGUAAAACUUCCAAUCUAAUCACCAUUGUCGAUCGGACAACACAACGAAAGCGGAGGAAGAAAUCACUUACGAACAGCGCUACUGGUCCAGUCGUGGAAGCUGUAACUGCACAUUCUUCCUCCACUCCCACUAAUGUACCAUCUGAUCCUUGUCCUCAGUUGACCAAAGCAUCUUCUAUAGUGCACACACAAAAGCUUGUCAAUAAUCCAAACAAACUGAUUAACCUAAACCGCACUGCUGCACCAUCACCUCCAACGAUCCUAACAGGGCCACGUACCGAAUCUCCCAAGGAUCCAACUAUGGUCGAAACGUUUGUUUCACGGCCAGUGGCGAAGCUCGUCAUACAGCUGGGACAUUCCGAUUCGGAUUCGGAGGUCGAUUUCAGCACAUCGUCCCCCGAGAAGGGUGAUAAUGCGAAUGCUGGUUCGGUUGCGAUAUCCGUAGAGGUUACAACUGGAGGAGCGCCUGCAACGCCGACGGUACGGUUUGAGGAACAGUUGGAUAAGUUUUUGAAAAGUGUAAGAAGUAAAAGCACAACUGUGACGACCAAGGAAGAUCCUCAAGUGUUGGUGCAACAUUCCGAGCGUGGCGUUUCUUCCAGUGAGAAAAGCUUAGCUUCUACGAAGCAGCAGCAGCCAAGGAAUGCGGCGAAAAAACUUCCAACCAGUAGUAAUGCCAUGGCAACGCCAACGGCUGUGAGACACCUAUCGAAAUCGGCUCAGAUGGAGUAUAUGAGACUGGUCGCCCGUAAGGCGCAAUUAGAACGCUACAAGCUUGCACGACAAAGUUCGGCACACACCUCCUCUAGCAGCGUUGGAAAGGAAAGCUCAGUUCCUAAGCAAGACACCCGUACACUCAACAGUAGCCCAGUCGGUGAGCAGAAAACGUACGAGCCAAAGCUCGGGAAGAGUCCGGGAAGACGGAAACAAUCGUGUAGUAGCGCUGCCCAACCCACCUCGGUUACCGAAUCAACAAACGAAGAGCAAGCAACCGUUCAGGAUCCGAUCGAAAGAAAACUGCAACAAAUACGCACGAGUUUGCCGAACCUUUCGGAAGCAUCGCGAAACCGAUUGCUCCUAACCGCAGAAAAGCAACUGGAAAAGCACAGCGGCACCUUCUUGAACGAACUUGAGCGGCAUAAUGCGACGCUAUUGGAGGCACAGGAAGCACGGCGCGAGCUGUACCAUCUCGAGAAUCGCAUCGAUUUGCUAAAGGAAAAGCUGUCCCUGCUCGAGAAUGUGUACGAGAAGCGACGCCAUCGUUCGUACGAUACGUUCUCCAGCCUCCAAGCGACGCGCAAGAAGAUUCUUUUCAGUCGCAAACGUUCAGGUGAACUGGAACGAAUGUGUGGCCAGAUUGGGCGUAUCAUAAAGGGGGAAUCGUAUCAACUGCCAACAUCCUCGAAGGGAGCCGUGGUGCAGCAGCAGUUGCGGAUUUUGGUUGCCGAAACGCAGCAACUGAAAAACAUCCGCAAGCCUACGCUACACGAGUUUAAGGAAGAUAUGAUUGCCAACCAUAAGCGACGAUUGGGGAGUUCCAGCGAUCAGACCCCUUCUUGGAAGAUGAAUACGUACGGUAACGAGUGUGAUGAAGGCCGACCGAUCGAGGCGGUAAAUAGCCAGAAAGAUGAUUCCUCCGCGGAACCAGAGGAGAUCAAUCCAUCUGAACCGGUUGGUCCAGUAGAAGAAACAUCCGAUCCAGUGUCUCACCCAGCUCCUCCGGAGCUUGUGGAUGAGUCAUGUACGAAAGAGCCAUCAGAACAAGUUGAGGAAGCAGAAAUGCCAACGACGGAUAUUGCAAAUGAUGUAGAAUGUUCGGAAGCUGCUGAACCAUUGAUUGUGCAGAAUGUAACACAAGCAGAUGUUACAGUUGAGACUGUCGCAGAGCAGGAAAAGGAGAUGCCAAAUAUCGAGGUAUUGCCGCAAGAAGACGAGCCUGUUCCGUGCAUUGAACCGGGUUCGAAAGAAGGCGAAGAAGACACUAUGAUGAAAGAUAAAGGAAACGUUCCUGGCGAAACGUUCCGAAUGGAAAAGUAUACGUCACCGCUGAUGUCCUUGAAACAAGGUGCACAGAACAUUCCCACCGGUAUCCUUUGUCCUUUCGAGCUCGGAGGUCAAUGCGUUGAUCAGGACUGCAAGUAUGAGCACUUUAACCAACGUACGGCUUAAAGUCGUCAUGCAUAUCGUUAGCCGAUGGCGUCAGGUUUUGCCAUUGUGCAAAUGUGUGCCAUUGCUUUUUUAGAUUUCGUCCUGGUUUUUCUUCUCCUCUUGCACACCAUAGUCAAUUAGCCGGGGGGUUAGUUUUAGCAUGCUGCCUAUCAAUCAUUCUGUAGGUUGCUCACCUUUAAGUUACCGUUGCAAAGUGUGUUUCACAAGUUCCCGUAUUGCUGUUUCCCGUUCGGUAAAAUGAGCAAGAAUGGGAAGUGACCGACCGAAAACGCUGGGCAUCGGAUUUCAUCGGAUGGAGUUACGCUAAUCGUCUGGGAGCUGCAGGAGAUAUGCCACUGGGUACGAACACGCGAUGGUGGACACCGAUCGGCGUCCCGGGCAUUUAUGAGUCGUUCUAUUGGGUAAGUUGUUAAUCAGAUAUCCCUCCGAUAUUCUGUUUCGUUGUUCAUUUGUUCGACCACCAUCGGUUGUGCUGAAUGCGAUCGUGCAUAGUGAAGCGAUCCGGAAGCGUUCGUUUUAGUGAGUGGAUAACAAAUGGAAGUGGAAAUCAUCGGUACUUCCAGCGCCCUGUGCUACCGUCCCUGGUGCACACACUGUUGUAGCAUAGAAGAGUUAAGUUAAGUGAUGUUAAAAAGUUCACCGAGUGCCACACAUAGUCGACGAGACGCUAUUGUUAACGGGAAGCGCUGCUGACUGGCUGACCAGUGACCGGCCAUCGUCGAGAAGUUAGCGUUGGCCACACAUCCCUCCGAUGGUUGCGCAAGCCGGGAAUGAAACAUCCGAAUGCAGGGAAGAGUACAAAGUUCCAUCAGUUCUCUCGAAUGCUUAAUUUAGUGUAGGUUUCUCACUUACGAAGCAUGUGUGUCCCUGCUUCAGGACCCACACUCAGUGAUACACCACAUACGAUCGAACCGGAUGUGCGUUGGAUAUCAAGAACCGUUCGAAACGGCGCGUGUUUCGAAUGCGACUUUGAAUUACUUUUUUAAUUACCUCUCUAAACUAAUAUUGGUUUUCUGUCGAAAAAUUGUUGGUUUAUUGUUAGAUAUGGUUUUUAUCUCUUUUCUUUAAAACGAGUUUGAAUUAAACAUUGGAAGCCAAGCUUGAAUUCACUACUGCAAACUCAAACCUGUGUUUGUGCGUGCGUGUGUACUUGCUCUUUUAAUUUGUGUGUUCGUGUGUUCAAAUGUAACUGUUUUUUUUAAAAUAA